CUGUGGAAACAGCCCAAGGCGGAAGCGGAAGCCGGGGGGCGCGCCUGCUCCGAGUUGGGAGAGCGUCUGUGGCUGCGGGGUUGGGUCUGAGGUCGCCAUGGGGAGAGGUAGCGGCACCUUCGAGCGUCUCCUAGACAAAGCUACCAGUCAACUCUUGCUAGAGACAGAUUGGGAGUCUAUCCUUCAGAUCUGUGACAUGAUCCGUCAGGGAGAUACUCAAGCAAAAUAUGCUGUAAGUUCCAUCAAGAAAAAAGUCAAUGACAAGAAUCCACAUGUGGCCCUUUAUGCCCUAGAGGUUAUGGAAUCUGUUGUCAAGAACUGUGGUCAGACAGUUCAUGAUGAGGUUGCUAACAAGCAAACAAUGGAAGAGCUGAAAGAGUUGCUCAAGAGACAAGUGGAAGUAAAUGUCCGUAACAAAAUCCUCUACCUGAUCCAGGCGUGGGCUCAUGCAUUCCGAAAUGAGCCCAAGUAUAAGGUAGUGCAGGACACUUACCAGAUCAUGAAGGUGGAAGGUCAUGUCUUCCCAGAAUUCAAGGAGAGUGAUGCCAUGUUUGCUGCAGAAAGGGCUCCUGAUUGGGUUGAUGCUGAAGAAUGUCACAGAUGCAGAGUGCAAUUUGGGGUGAUGACACGUAAACAUCACUGCCGGGCAUGUGGACAGAUCUUUUGUGGGAAAUGUUCCUCUAAGUGCUCCACCAUUCCCAAGUUUGGCAUUGAGAAGGAAGUACGUGUGUGUGAGCCCUGCUAUGAACUGCUGAACAAGAAGGCCGAAGGUAAAGCUAACACUACAACAGAGCUGCCUCCGGAGUACCUGACUAGCCCUCUGUCCCAGCAGUCUCAGUUGCCUCCCAAGAGAGAUGAGACAGCUCUGCAGGAGGAAGAAGAGCUGCAGCUGGCCAUCGCAUUGUCACAGUCAGAGGCUGAGGAAAAAGAGAGGAUGAGGCAAAAGACAACAUAUACCAUGUAUCCAAAGGCAGAGCCCACCCCUGUGACCUCAUCUGCACCCCCUGCUAGCACCCUGUAUUCUUCUCCUGUGAAUUCAUCCGCCCCCUUGGCUGAGGAUAUUGAUCCUGAGCUUGCUCGGUACCUCAACCGGAACUAUUGGGAGAAAAAGCAAGAAGAAGUUCAAAAGAGCCCCACACCAUCAGCCCCUGCUCAGCUGGCAGAUUCUGUUCCACAGCCUACAGAGGGACACACCACCCCAGUAAACAUGCUAGAGACUCCCCUCCCGGAAACAGACUCUCAGCCCAUAACUCCCUCCGGUGGCCCCUUUAGUGAGCAGCAGUACCAGAACGGGGAGUCCGAGGAAAACCAUGAGCAAUUCCUGAAGGCCCUACAGAAUGCUGUCACCACUUUUGUUAACCGCAUGAAGAGCAACCACAUGAGGGGACGAAGCAUCACCAAUGACUCGGCUGUGCUCUCCCUCUUCCAGUCUAUAAAUAACAUGCAUCCUCAGCUGCUGGAGCUGCUCAACCAGCUGGAUGAGCGAAGGUUGUAUUAUGAGGGACUCCAAGAUAAGCUGGCCCAGAUCCGAGAUGCUCGGGGAGCGCUCAAUGCCCUUCGAGAGGAGCACCGGGAGAAACUGCGCCGGGCAGCUGAAGAAGCAGAGCGUCAGCGUCAGAUCCAGCUGGCCCAGAAGCUAGAAAUCAUGAGGCAGAAGAAGCAAGAAUACCUGGAGAUGCAAAGGCAACUGGCCAUUCAGCGCCUACAGGAGCAGGAAAAGGAGCGGCAGAUGCGCCUGGAACAACAGAAGCAAACAAUUCAGAUGCGAGCACAGAUGCCAGCUUUCUCUUUGCCUUAUGCCCAGCUACAGGCAAUGCCCCCAGCAGGUGGAGUGAUAUACCAGCCUUCUGGCCCUACAAAUUUCCCUGGUACUUUUAGCCCAGCAGGCUCAGUGGAGGGCUCCCCUAUGCACACAGUAUACAUGAACCAGCCAGCACAGGCAGGCAGUGGACCCUAUCCUAGCAUGCCAGUGGCUGGAACAGAUCCUAAUAUGGUGAGCGCCUACAUGUACCAAGCAGGGGCAGGUGGUGGGCAAGCAACUCAGCAAGGGCAGCCUGUGCCCACCACAAAUCCAGCCUAUUCUUCCUACCAGCCAACCCCCACACAAGGUUAUCAGAAUGUCGCUUCCCAAGCCCCACAGAGCCUUCCACCCAUUUCUCAGCCUCCACAGUCCAGUACAAUGGGCUAUAUGGGGAACCAGUCCGUUUCCAUGGGAUAUCAGCCAUACAGCAUGCAGAAUCUUAUGACUACCCUGCCUGGCCAGGAUCCAGCCAUGCCACCCCAGCAACCCUACCUCUCAGGACAGCAGCCCAUGUACCAACAGUUGGCACCUCCAGGAGGCCCAUUGCAGCAGCAGCCACCUGUGCCUCCGCAGCCUCCAUCCCAGGGCCAGCCAGCCCCAGGCAGUGGAGAGGCACAGCUCAUUUCCUUUGACUGAUCUUUGGGGAAGGGUAGUAGGGUUGGGGGAUCACCAUACCAGUAUGACACUGAUUCAUCAGAAAUUACUUCUGUACUUAACUAGCCAUUAUUCUGUCACCUCAUUCUCUGCCUGUUGCUGUGUAGUUCUUUCUCUGUACAGGUUGGGAGAGGGGGAAUCUUAAGAAUGAAGGUAGAAUUGUCAUGUUUGGUCAUGGUUUCUGGACAUCUCCCUUUCACCAAAGCUCUUUCUGUCUUCCUGCAGUUUCUUCAUUUCCCAGGCCUGCAUCACCAUCAUUCAUCUCAUUGGUGCCAUGUUUCUGGAAAUUGACUCCUUUUCCCAGGCCUGGCCCUUGUGAAAGGAGAAGGGUGGGGUUAGGAGGGUAGAAUCACCUUCCAAGGCAAUUCUGGCCCUGAUAAAGAAAGAGCUUCAUUUGAGCCUUUCCCGGGACUUGGUUAGAAUGUGGUUUCUUUGGUUUCUUCUCCACCUUCAGAUGCAGCCAGAAUUCUCUUUUACUUUGUGUUUGUUGAGUGGAUCCCCAGCUUCUGUGGAGGCCAUAAGGGAACAUAUAUGGAACUAUAUAGUAUAGACCAAAGCUGGCUCCCCUCUCAGAGAAGCUAGCUAGCUCUAAGGAGUCAUGGGCCCCCAUAGAACUUGGCCAAAGGUUGGAGUCUGUACACCUCUGCUUCUGAGCACUCAUCUCUCAUAUUUAGUGUCUUUAGUAAACUGACUGGAAACAAUAAAAUGCAUUUUAAAAGUGAA